GCUCGUGUGACUCGUGCCUGUUCCGGUCCUUCCUCUUCCUCGUCUUCAUCAUGGCGGCUCACCUGUUGGCCGUUCUACUGUGCUGCGCGGCGGCCGCUCCGGGCCUCCUGGGGGCGCCGUCGUCGCCCGCGGUGACGUGCGACGAGGACGGCGCGGCGGCGGCGGCGAGCCUCGCCGUCCGACACAUCAACGAGCAUCACAAGCACGGAUUCAAGUUCAAGCUGGAGGUGGUCCAGAGCAGCAACAUUGAACACGUACCCGGAGGUUGUCACAUCGACAUCAACGUGAAGCUGAUGCAGACCGGAUGUCACGUCACCAACCCCAAACCGGUCGACCAAUGCGAGGUCAUGAUGCUGUCCGAACGGGGCGCGGUGGCCACCUGUGACAGCAAGUUGAACGUGAUGGGGGGCGUGGCCACAGUGGCCAGUCACCAAUGCACCACCAGUCCAGAAAUGACCAACUCGGAGAUGAUGAUGACGUGUCCCGACUGUCCCGCGCUGUUGCCUCUCAAUGACGAGACGGGCGUCAAGGCGGUUCAGGAGGCGGUGAAGAAGUUCAACCGGGAGAGCAACCACCAGAAUUAUUUCGCCCUGUUGGAAAUUUCUCUGCUGACGAGAGGGUACAUCCCGUCGAUUGGAAUGCAGACCUGGCCCAAGUUCGCCUUGGUGGAGACCAGCUGUCCCAAGAAUUCCAAGAUCAUUUCCGAGGCCUGCGUGCCUCGCUGCCCGGACCGAGCGCAACACGCCUUUUGUAGUACCUCCUACUCGGGCAGCAACGGACAAGUGGGAGAUCUUGUGUGUGAAUUAUAUGCGCCAAAAAAUACCGAGCCCCUCCCGCCCGGCGCGCAGGAGCCCGCGUGCGGGCAGUCGUUCCACCAAAGUCCGGAAGCUUCCGCCUGCACGGCUCAGCUGAGCACCCGCGAGCCGGACAUCCACCAGAUUUGUCCUUUCCCGCUUGCCGUACAGUUGCCGCAAGUGCCGCAGCUGCAGGUCUAAAAGCUCAACGUCACGUCGGCACACUUUGCACCGCCGUCGUAAUAAAGAAAACUACGAAAACUCA